AUGGCGGAACACCCUGUUCAGGUUUUUGUAUAUGGUUUGCUUGUGAGCUGUGGGAUUCUGGGAAAUACCCUGGUUAUCUGGAUAGCUGCUGACUCCACCCGAGAGAACCGCUACCUUGCCUCAUCCGACCUCAUUCUGAUGAAUAUCGCCGGGGCAAACCUGCUGCUCUCCCUAACGAGGAACACCUUGCUUCUGACAUUUGAUGCUGGUUACACCGUCUCCUUCUCCGAUGUAGGGUGCAGAAUGAUGAUGUUCAUCUGGACCUGGCUGAGGUCAGCAAGCAUCUGGGUCACCCUCAGUCUAAGCCUGUUCCACUUCUUCACAAUCAGAACAAGCCGGACUAUGUUAGAAAGGUUAAAUGAAAGGAGGAAAGUUGCAAAAGCUAUGGUAGUCGAGUGGGCUUUGAGCUUUGUCUAUUCAAGCUUUGCUCUGCGCUACUCAUCCAACACAAAGACUAACAGUACCGAUAAUCUAAUGUUAAUUAGUAGCACCAUCAGGCCUUUGCUUGGCUGUGUGUGGACAUUUCCAAAUGAUGUUAGUGGUCUUAUAUACACAAUGGUCUCUGUUGUAAUACAUGAAGCAAUCCCAAUAAGUCUAAUGAUUUUUGCAAACACUGCCACCUUGUUAUUUCUCUAUAAUCACUACAGGAAAACCCAGGAUGCCAUGUUCAAUAACAACCAGAUCAGUACUGAAUGGAAAGCAGCCAAGACCAUCCUGUACCUGAUUUUGCUGUUUAUUUUUUGCUGGGGCACACAUGUGUUUUCAGUGAAUUAUUAUAAUUUUAAGGGCAGCCCCUCGACACGCUACAUGCUAAUUAUCGCUAGGUUUUCUGCCUCGGGAUUUGUGGGAUUCUACCCACUGGUGGUGGCAACAGGCCAUGGCAAAUUAAGAAGGAAAAUGACAAACAUCCUGAGGUGUGGGUGGCUGAAAUCCCCCAACCAGAAGUGA